AUGAUUAUACGGUCGCCGCCAGCGAGUGCCUUUCGAUCCAAUGGCCUCGGCACCGUAUGUCUAUCAUGUUUGCUCUCGACAGCGAAGCCUGCCCGGCGCGCUGUGACGCGGAGUUUCUCGCAGAAAUCAAAUGUUAAAGCUGCGCUGGCAGCGGCCGGAACAACUACAAAGCUUCGAGCUGGAUAUUUUUCAGGGAACGCAUUGUUGGAAAAGGCUCGAUUGAGCACAAAGAGAGGAGCUCUGACAGCUUCCAUAUCAGAAUCGAGUCCAAUCGCUGCAGGAAAUGAAGCUUCGAAAGCCCCCACGACAAAUUCCCCUCCACAGCCAACAUCAACUCAAGAUCUACCUCAUAGACGACGACAAGCUGCCCGUCGAGCAGCUAAAGAAGCAGAUCUCGUUCUGCCACCGAAUGCCUCCUCGAAUCUCUCGACGUCUGCAGCCAAUGCUCCCUCAAACUCGAUACGCCGAUUAAUCCCGGUCCUCCUCUCCCUCUCGAAACCCCGCCUCUCAGUCCUUGUUGUCCUCACAGCAUGCGCUUCAUAUUCCCUAUACCCCGUUCCAGAACUCCUCUUACCAUCUGCGACCGAUACGCCAUCACUCUCGCCCCUCACUCUUCUCUUCCUCACCUCAGGCACGGCUCUAUGCGCAGCUUCCGCAAAUGCCUUAAAUAUGCUCUAUGAGCCGAAAUGGGACGCCAUGAUGGCUAGAACAAGGAAUCGCCCAUUAGUGCGAGGAUUGAUAUCUACCCGCGGAGCAGCAAUCUUUGCCAUCCUCGCAGGAAUCGGUGGUACAACAGCUUUAUACUUUGGCGUUAACCCGACGGUCUCCUUCCUAGGGGCGCUGAACAUAGCCCUAUACGCAGGAGUCUACACGCCACUGAAACGCAUCAGCGUACUCAAUACCUGGGUUGGCGCAAUCGUAGGAGGUAUCCCUCCCUUGAUGGGCUGGGCAGCAGCAGCGGGGCAAUCUGCAACCCAUGGGGAUUGGCAAGAGCUCUUGCUUGGUGAACAGAAUAUCGGCGGGUGGUUGCUGGCUGCUUUGCUGGUCGCAUGGCAAUUUGCGCAUUUUAUGCCACUCUCCUGGUCCAUUCGCGACGAAUACAAGAAUGCUGGGUACAGAAUGCUCGCUUGGGUCAACCCCGCGCGGAAUGGCAGAGUGGCGCUACGGUAUUCGCUGCUCUUCUUCCCGAUAUGCAUUGGGCUUUGCUAUUACAAUGUGACGGAGUGGAGUUUUGCGGUUGCUAGCACGCCGGUCAAUAUAUAUCUGUUAAGAGGGGCAAUACAAUUCUGGAAGCUGGAAGGUCAGAAGGGAAGUGCAAGGGGGUUGUUCUGGGCUAGUGUGUGGCAUUUGCCUGUGGUGAUGAUUCUGGCUCUGGCCGAGAAGAAGGGCAUGUGGCAGCGUGUGUGGAGAUCUGUGAUGGGUGUGCCGGAUCUAGAUGACGAGGAAGAAGAAGAUUACUUGGAGGAGGAUGAGGAGGAGGCUGUGUUGAGUGCUAACGAGAGUAAAGUCAGCUUGGAGGCUAGAAGGACUGCUAUUGCUGUGCACGGAAGAUGA